AUGCCGACAUUAUGGCUGUCCGACUCCCAAAAGAUCGGAGUGGCAUUCUGCAGCGGCGGCGCCCUCUUCCUCCUCCUCGGCCUCAUCUUCCUCUUCGACCGCGCCCUGCUAGCCAUGGGCAACAUCCUCUUCCUCAUCGGCAUCACCCUCCUCCUCGGCCCCCAACGAACCUUCCUCUUCUUCGCGCGAAAACAGAAAUGGCGGGGUAGUGCAGCCUUUUGGGCCGGCGUGCUGCUCAUCCUCAUCCGCUGGACCUUUGUGGGCAUUCUCGUCGAGGCGGUGGGCAUCUUCUACUUGUUUGGAGAAUUCUUCAAGACGCUGGCGGGAUUUGCGUACGGCAUUCCGAUCAUUGGGCCGUACCUUGCAAGAGGACUGCAGGUUGCGGGCGAUAAGGCCGGGGCGAGUGAGAGGGCACAUAAGGAUUUGCCAGUAUAA